AUCAUAUUCAUCAGACAACAUUUUGUAAGUAGUGACGUCAUAAGCCAAGAUGUCUUUUUGAUGUAUGUAAAAUAAUCAACGAAUCGUGGCAAUAUGGCGUCGUUUCUGCAAGUCGUAAAAUCUCAAAGAUUAAUUUUCCGAAGGUUUUUACAUAAGACUACGUCGUACGAAACCAAUGUUGUUUUCAGUAGAAAUUUUUCAUCAUCUCGAGCAAACGAUGCUGUUGGAUGUAAAGGAGCGAAAGCUAAAGGGAAAAAUAUUGUAUUAGUGGACGGAGUACGUACUCCGUUCUUGGUUUCUGGAUCUGAUUACAAAGACAUUAUGGCUCACGAUUUGGCACGAGGUGCCUUACAAGGACUUUUGAAAAGAACAGGAUGUCCGAAAGAUGUUGUCGAUUAUAUUGUCUUUGGAACGGUCAUUCAAGAAGUGAAGACAAGUAAUGUUGCAAGAGAGGCUGCUCUUGGUGCAGGAUUCUCACACAAAAUUCCCGCUCAUACAGUUACAAUGGCCUGUAUUUCAUCCAACCAAUCCAUCACAUCAGCAUUGGGUUUGGUGGCGAGUGGUGGCGCAGAUGCCGUCAUUGCUGGUGGUGUUGAGACAAUGUCUGAUGUACCUAUCCGACUAAAUCGAGGUCUUCGUAAAAUAUUGUUGUCGUUGAAUAAAGCAAAGACAUUGGGAGCUCGAUUGGGUUUGUUAUCUUCAAUCAGACCAAAACAUUUUGCACCGGAACUACCCGCUGUUGCAGAAUUUUCUACAAAUGAAACUAUGGGACACAGUGGCGACAGGCUUUGUGCAGCGUUUGGUAUUUCACGACGAGAACAGGAUGAGUUUGCAUUACGAUCUCAUACUUUGGCAGACCAGGCUACCAAGGAGGGCAAGCUUACCGAUUUACUUGAAUAUAAAGUGCCAGGAAAGCCAUUGAUAGUGAAUAAAGACAACGGUGUUCGCGUAUCAACCUUGGAAAAAAUGUCGAAAUUACGUCCAGCUUUCGUUCGUCCUUAUGGAACAGUUACUGCUGCAAAUGCGUCAUUUCUGACUGACGGUGCAUCUGCCUGUCUUAUUAUGACCGAGGAGAAAGCUCUUGCAAUGGGACUGAAACCUAAAGCUUACCUCAGAGAGUAUGCUUAUGUAUCACAAGAUCCCAAAGAUCAGCUUUUACUGGGACCAGCUUAUGCUACACCCAAGGUUUUAGAGAAAGCAUCCCUUAAGAUCAAGGAUGUUGAUGUCUUUGAAUAUCAUGAGGCAUUCGCUGGUCAAGUUUUGUCCAACCUUAAAGCAAUGGACUCAGAUUGGUUUGGACAAAAUUACAUUGGCAGAAAAGAAAAGGUUGGUGCCAUACCGAUGGAGAAGUUAAACACCUGGGGUGGUUCAUUAUCUAUUGGUCAUCCUUUUGGCGCCACUGGUGUACGUCUUGUUACUGCUGCUGCUAACAGACUCAUUAAUGAAGAUGGAAAGUAUGCUUUAGUUGCUGCUUGUGCUGCAGGUGGACUGGGACAUGGUAUGAUCGUGGAGCGAUACCCAUCUUAAAUUUAAAGAUUCUGUUUUAACCAUUACGAGAAUUUAUGUCCUUUUGGCAAUUUUAUACAAUAGCAUUAAAUUGUAUUAUGUAAAAAAAUGAAACCCAUUCUUGCAUAA